UUGUUUUGUUUUUACUAGUUCUAGUUCUAGUUGAAGCUUGGGGCUGCACUUAAAGCAAAUAUAUAAGAAAUGCAUUUAGAAAAUCGUGUUAACUCAAAACCUUGCGACUAGGAAACGUGUGUCCGAGUCUGCAGAAGAGAAAUAAACCAGUAACCAGAAACCUUCCCUUCCUAAUUAUAGAGUAGCCGCAGCUCUGCGUCUCCCUCCAGCGGCAGCUAUUGCGCACAGUGGAGCACAACACGGGGGACAAGAAGUAACGGGAUUUCAUUUAAUCUAACGCUUCUUUUAUGAGAUGAGCCAGGAGUCUGUGCAUAUUUGCAUGUAUUUAGACCACAAUUUAUACUCUGUGGGUGAGAGGAACCGUCUGGCGCUUCUGUGGCCACAAACACCGACACAACAAAGUCUCUCUACGCGCGCGUGUGCAUUAGUUUUUUUUUUUUUUUUUUAAUCUGAGACAGCGAUACAAAGAAGGUAAACACAACUUCCUUCCUGCUGCUGUUGUUGCUGCUGCUGCUGCUUCUUUACAGGUUUACCCGCAGGUUGUUUUGCGCUGAGGCAGACUUGCACGGCGGGUUGAUGCUCGUUUCCUGUUUCCUCCGCCAAGUCAAACAAACCUGCCCAGGUCGGUUGGGCAUCUAACUUGUGAAGUGCCAUGUUCACGUCCCGUCCCGAGAGAUGGCAUCGCCGAAGGUCCUGCAGGAGUGGUGCCGCGCCACAUGCGCCAGUUACGCCGGUGUGGAGAUAAAGAACAUGUCAACCUCGUUCAGAGACGGACUUGCCUUUUGCGCCAUAAUCCACAAACACCGACCUGACUUGAUAGAUUUCAGUUCCCUCAGCAGAGAUAACGUUUAUCAGAAUAACAAGCUGGCUUUCGAAGUUGCAGAAACGAAGUUGGGGAUCCCUGCACUCCUGGACCCGAGGGACAUGGUUUCCACCAAGGUGCCCGACUGCUUGAGCGUCCUCACCUACCUCUCUCAGUACUACUACGUCUUCAACGGGAAGCCUUGUGCAGGUCCUGCCAGAUUGUGGUCAUCACAUGUCUUCAACAACAUCACGCACAGUGAAACUUCUGAUCCUCUCAAGCCCCCAAAGGUCUCGACGGAUAUGGAAGCCAGAACCGGGGAAUGCUUUUCCAACGCGAGGCACAUGACGGUGUGCAACUUGUGUUUCAAGCCCGUCCACCUGAUCCAGAGACAUUUCGUUGAUGGGAAGGUGUACCAUCGCAACUGUUUCAGGUGCAGACUGUGUCACAGCACUCUGUUACCAGAGUCUUAUACAGGGGGAAGUGAGACCGGCUCCCUGACCUGCACUUUCCAUAUCACAGACAGUCAAAGUACGGGCUUCGACCACGAUCAGAAAAUCGGUUCCAGUGACAUUCGGCCUCGAUGCACGUUCCAGGCAGGUGUUUAUUCUCUGAGCGGAUUAGCCAUCCCCAGCGUCCCUCAUUACACUAAGAAAACAGAGGCAGAAGAAAGACUGGUUUGUAAAACCCCGGAAACAGAUGCUACAGAAAGUCAGGAGAGGAGCAGGGCCUCGUCCGUCGGACCCCCGGGUCCUCGUCCGCCCCGAGUUAAAGACGCAGAAGAAGCGGAAAAGGAUAAACCUGAACCCUCUGGUGAAGAACACCCGGACGUGACGAAGACUUCUGAUGAUUCGUCGACUUGUUCGGGAGGAAGCACUCGUCCGGUCCCGGCCCCCAGGAAAAUAGACGGUGUCGGCCCGGUUCCUGCACCCAGAACCAAACCAACCCAGAACAUGAACAGCUCGACGGCUGCAGGCGAUUCAUCCCAACAAUGUAAAUCCCCGCCCUCUCCGUCGCGUAUCACCAGCCCUAAAGUGAAAACCAACCAUCCAUGGAUGAACCUCAUUCAUCCCGGACCUUGGACACAGCUGCCUCCAGCUCCUGCACCGGUACCUACUCCCCGAUCCAAAUUUGUCCAAGUGCAGCAGUCGUGGAACAGGCCCAGAACGCGUCCUCGCAACAAUCCGUUUGAGGAGGAGGAGGAGGAGCAGGAGGAGAAGAAGAAGGACGAGGCUGCAAAUCCCAGGUCUACAAACCAAACCGAGCCCUCGGUGGCAGCCGUCCGCUCGGAGGACAAUUUUACUGGAAAGGAAGCUGCUGAAGUUCCUGGAGACAAGAUGAGUCCAAAUCAGAGUUACAUGUUUCCCAGGAGUCUUUCUGUUCCAGCCAUGACAUCUGACCACACUCCACGUGACUCUGCAGCAUCGUGUCAGCGUGAGGCGGCCGGCAAAGAAAGUCAAAGACCAGCGCUGACCAAAUCAAAGACUUUUCAGGACGUCUCAUCCAGUCGGGCUCCUGCUCCCGGUCACGGUUUCCCACUCGUCAAGAGGAGGGUGCAGACCGACCGGUGCGUCUCCACGGACGAGCUGCAGGUGCAGAUGAGAGAACUGCACGAACAUCUGGAGACGCUGGAGCGAAGGGGAGUGGAGCUGGAGAAGAGUCUGAGAGACUGCAAGAACGAUAAAGAGGAAGAGCAGAUGCUGAUGGAGUGGUUCUCUCUCGUCCAUGAGCGCCACCUUCUGUCGCGCAGAGACACAGAGCUGGUUUAUCUGACGAAGCAGCAGAAGUUAGAUGACAGGCAGGCGGACGUGGAGUACGAGCUCCGGUGUCUCCUCAAUAAACCCGAGAGCGAGUGGACGUCGGAGGAUCGAGGUCGGGAGCAGCAGCUGAUGGAGGAACUGGUCAAAGUCAUAGAGCAGAGGAACCAGAUCAUCAGCAGCUUGGAACAGGACAGACAGAGGGAAAAAGAAGAAGAUAAACUCUGGGAAGGUUCGGCCAAAGACAAAGACUUCCAGAGAGAAAGACUCAAGGAGCUGAAGAAGUCAAAGGGGAAAUUCAAGCCUUCAAAGGUUUUUAAAAUACUGAACCACAGAGCGGAGAGCAGCAAAGAGUCCAUGCACAAAAACAGCUGAAGGGACCAUAGUUUCUGCACAAUGUGUCACGAGGAACUUAACUGGAGCUGGUGGAAGGAUCGAACAUCAUAUUCAUCAUAUUAAAUACGGCUUAAUGCUUCUUUUACUUCUUAUUUUCUCUGUGCAGACGACUCAGUGUGAGUUCUGUCUCCUGUGUCUCUUCACUAUCUGCUGUGUAGAACAGAUAUUAAUGUAUUUUUUCCCUUUUAUUACAUGCUGAUAUUGAAGUAUGCAAUAAAUAUCUGUUUGAUA